AUGUCUAUCUUUUCGACUCUAGAGGGCGUCUCGUCGACGGUAUUCUCUAACAUAUUCAUCCAACUCCCUUACCCCGAAGGCGAUCUGAGCGGACAGACGGUCAUCGUAACCGGUUCAAACCAAGGACUUGGUUUCGAGGCCAGCCGCCACCUGUUGCGCCUAGGUGUGGAGAAGCUUAUCAUGGCCGUACGCAAUCUGAAGAAGGGCGAAGCUGCAAGACAAGAACUCUUGCAAUCCACCAGCCGCGAAGAAAGCUCAGUCGAGGUGUGGCCACUGGAUAUGGAUAGCUAUGUCUCAGUCAAAAGCUUUGCCAGCCGCGCUGCUGCUCUACCACGUCUUGACGUUCUGUUGGCGAAUGCUGGGCUGAUUGCCAACACAUUCACUGUAUCGGAAGAGGAUGAAAGAACCAUCACAGUCAACGUGGUGAGCACGUUCUUGCUCGUUGCCUUAUUGGUUCCCAAAUUGCAAGAGUCGGCUUCCAAGUUCAAUAUCACGCCUCGCAUCACCAUCCCAAACUCGGCUCUGCACUAUAUUGCUUCUCUUGAGCAGCUGGAUCCUCAAAAUGAGGGUGGUAUCUUCGAAUCUCUCAACAAUAAGGAAGCCACUAAUAUGGCGGGUCGAUACCCAUUGUCGAAGCUCUUGGUAUUGUUUGGUGUGCGUGCAUUUGCGGAUCAAUUCGCACAGAGUAAAGCGCCGCUGGUUAUCAUCAACACGCCGAACCCCAGUUUUUGCAAGUCUCAAUUGGCGCGGGAAACAGAUAAUGUCGGUCUCCGCGUUGGCGAAAAGCUGCUGGCUCGCAGCACGGAGAUGGGAAGUCGGGCCUUAGUCCACGCGGUUAUGGCUGAUGAGAAAAGCAAUGGGCAGUACCUGACAAACUGUCACAUUCACAGUCCAUCUUGUAUCGUGACUAAUGGAAAGGGAGUUCUGAUCCAGGAAGCGUUUUUCAAAGAGUUGGUCACCAAGUUGGAGAAGAUUGCACCAGGCGUGACCUCUGCCCAGUCAUCCAGUUUAGGGCUAUCAAGAAAGAAUCAGGAUGUCUAG